GUCUUCCUUCACAACCUAUAAAGUACUAAACGCAACACGAGACAGAAACAUCGGAAUCGAUAAAAUGCCGUCGAUCUCAGAGAUGAUUGAUUUCCUAUGGCGGCCCCCACGAAAAGAACCAGGAGUCAAGAGGCGUCCACUUGAUCAGAGAGAUCCAGCAAAUGCCCAGUAUUAUCGCAACUGGGGGUUUACAGUUUACCGAACAUAUUAUGGCCCUGACUCGGAUAAGCAUUGGGAGACACUUAUCGAUGCAAUGACUCGACAAACUCACCUUGCACUCGGCUACCAUGAGACUGAAAUGAUAUACCAAGAGGACCAGAGACAGAAGUGGGGUUUAUAUGCAGACAAAAGCGACUAUGUGGACGACAUAAACCGAUUGAAGAAGCUAUUUCGUCUUACAGUGAGAGAGGACUCAUCAGUACUUGAUGGUCUCGACAUCCCUCGCAUUCGAGAUCUGUGUCGCAAGGAACUUCCGGAGGCCAGCAAGAAUAUAGAAGGGGCGAAAGCUUGCUUUGUCUUUGUCGCCGAUGAGGCUGUGUUGAAAGAUAUCGCCCGUGGAGUGUUUGUGAUCAAAGUUGUUGGUUAUGAUUGGGACGAGGAUCGAAUCGGGCAGGGUUGGAUGAGAAUUCCAACCGGCGAGGUGCUGACGUUUUGGGAGUCACUUUUACUCUGGGACUUCAUUGAAACUGACGUUUACCGCGAGAUUAAUGAUCACUGGUUUGGAGAGGAGUCGGAGAGGUACACUUGGCCAGGCGAUGCCUCCAUUUAUCCAACUCACGGCUGUUCCGAAGCUCAAACUGCAUGUCAGUCUAGACAUUCUCAGUUCAGGUUUGAUUAUUGACUGAAAUGGACUCGGAGAUGGAACAACUGCAUUUUAAUCUACAUACUUUCUAAAUAUUAUAAAUACAGAAACUCAAUCCUAAC